CCCGAGGCGAGUCUAUAGUGUAGUGGAGAGUCUUGUUGAGACUAUAUCUUGUCGGAACUUCUCGACCUCACACACCACCUCGGGCUCCUUCGCUGCCAGAGAGGUGACAUUCCACGUCCCUCGAGCCAGCUUCUGUACCCGGGGUUCGGAUCGCCAAGGUCCCCGCCUUCGGCCACCGCCCAGCUCGCACUGCACCCGACCCCUAUGGCCCCUCCCACAGGUGGUGAGCCCACAGGAAGGGGGACCCACGUUACCCUUUUGGGCUGUGCCCGGGCGGGUCCCAUGGGUGCAGGCCCGGCCACCGGGUGCUCGCCUUCAAGCCCCACCUCCAGGGGAAAAGCUCACUGCCUUGGUGAAAACCCCCCAAAAUAUGUUGUCUUAAUAAUCAGAGCCAAUUUCUCUUACAGUUGACUCACUAACUGGCCGUGAUGAUCAUGUCAGAUUAACAUAAAAUAGAAAUCAAUAUUGUGGCGUUUCCGGUGAAAAUAGCGCUGACGCUUUAUAACUCGUCAAAUGCGUUGAGGAGAAUCACGCUGGGUGACAAUAUGGCGCCCUCUCCUCACACCGUCUUCGGCUUUUGAGUGACGCUGUGUUGUUUUAUUUUGAAAUGUGUGAGCGGAAGUGGCGGUAACAGCGCCGCCGCCUUGCCGACCUGGUGCCACAUCAAACAUGGACGUCCCGUGCGAGCCAACGAGAGCGGCAUGACCGUCGCCGUCUUUUGCCGGACGAAGCAGCGAACACGAACAGCCCAGACUUCCUGUCGUGUGACGCCACGAGCAGUGAGCAGAGCAGAGGCGGGCACACGGGCGGCAUGACGGACGACAAAUGCCCGCAGCUUGUGGACUACUUCGUGGUAGCGGGUCUGGACCCCGCCGGGCCCUGGCGACCCCUGGACGACGACGCCAGGACCGUCGGCGCGCCGGGCCGGGGGACGGAGCCCGUGACGGACCUGGCGGUGAUCGCCCGCGGCCUGGGCGAGGAAGUGCCCCAAGGGUUCACGUGCAUCGACAAGUCGCUGGGCGGCCACUCGGCCGAGCUAAGCGCCGGACUUAUCAACAACCCGCGCCUCUACCUCUGCUACCGGAGGGGCCGCGACAAGCCGCCCCUUCUCGACCUCGGGGUGUUGUACGAGGGCAAGGAGCUGCCCAAGGCCGGCUGGUACGUGAUCGAGACCACGCCCUACAGCCGCUCGGCCAGCCUGAGUUCCGGCGCCGGCCCGACGUCGCACCGCGUCUUCCUGACGUACCGGCGAGCUCCGGACGCGCAGGGCCUGCGCUCGCUGGGCGUGACCGACAUCGGCGUGCUGCUGCCCGGCAAGGGCGAGGCGGCGCCGCACACCUUCAGCCGCGUCGACAAGAACCUCAACACGGGCAUGUGGGGUCCCGCCGUGUUCGUGUGCUACAAGCGAGCGGUGGCCAAAGCCAACGCGCUGGUAUACGAAGCCGGUCUUCUGAGCCGCUACCCCGCGGACGACCGGGACGCCUUCGCGCUGCCCGAGUCGGUGCCUGUCUUCUGCCUGCCCAUGGGCGUGGCUCUGGAGAGCUGGCCCAUCGACGCCAAGUACCAGCUGCCCGUCUUCUCCACCUUCGUGCUCACCUCGGCCAGCGGGGACAAGGUGUACGGCGCCGCCAUCCAGUUCCACGAGGCGUUCCCCAGGGAGGUUCUGUCGGAGCGCCAGAGCUUGCGUCUGGGCCUGCUCAGCGUGGUGGACCGCCGGCCCGUCCCGGAGCGCAGCCUGCAGGCCAAAAAGAGCAUCUGCGUGCUCUCGCACUGGCCCUUCUUCCACGUCUUCCAGAAGUUUCUCACCUUCAUCUACCGAUACUCCGUCUCUGGACCACACGUGCUGCCGCUCGAGAAGCACAUCUCCAGCUUCAUGCACAACGUUCCCUUCCCGUCUCCCCGGCGACCUCGCAUCCUGGUUCAGCUUUCUCCGAAUGACAACCUUCUUCUGUGCCAGCCUGUGUCCUCCCCUCUGCCGCUCAGUGGCGCCAGCUUCCUGAAGCUCCUCCAGAACUUGGGUCCGGGGAACGCGUGCACGCUGCUGCUGGCCGUGCUGACGGAGCAAAAAGUUCUGCUGCACUCGCUGCGUCUCGACGUCCUGACGGCGGUCAGCGAGGCGCUCGUCUCCAUGACGUUCCCGCUGCGCUGGCUGUGCCCGUACAUCCCGCUGUGCCCGCUCCAGAUGGCCGAAGUGCUGCUGGCGCCCGUGCCCUUCAUCGUGGGCGUGCACUCCAGCUACUUCGACUCGUACGACCCCCCCGCCGAGGUGGUCUGCGUGGACCUGGACACCAACGCCGUCUUCCAGUCAGACGACAAGAAGCCGUUGUCGUGGCGAUCGUUACCCCGGAAACCCGGCAAGACUCUUUUCAACACGCUGAGCGACCUGCACAAGACGCUGGAGCAGAUUUGCUCUCCGGGCCAGGAGGAGGCGACGCUGGAGUUCCUGCUGACGGACUUCGACCAGAUGUACCGGCGCCAGAAACAGCUGGAGCUCGACAUCCAGGAAGCCUUCCUGCGCUUCAUGAGCUGUCUGCUGCGAGGGUACCGCGCCUUCCUGCUGCCCAUCACGCAGGCGCCCUCCGACACCACCACCGACUGCAGUUCCCUCUUCAACCUGCAAGGCUUCCUGAAGUCUCGCGAGCGCACUCAGCAGAAGUUCUUCGGGCAGCUGACGCGCACGCAGAUGUUCACGCAGUUCAUCGAGGAGUGCUCGUUCGUCAGCGACCGCCACGCCUGCUUGGAGUUCUUCGACGAGUGCGUCCAAAAGGUGGACGUGGAGAAGCCGGAGGACGUCCGUCUGGUGGACGUGGACGAGAGUCACUGCGGCGAGCGCACCGUCUUCAUCAUGCCGCCCGAGCAGCCCACCCGAGACGACGGCUCCGAGUGCCCCGCCCGCUACAGCUACGACACGUUUCCGGCCUUGAGGGCGGAGCUCUUCGACCGGCCGCUCGACCGACUGCGCGUCCCCGCCAAGGGCGGCGCGCCCGGUAGCCCCGCCCCCAGGCGCACCAAACAGGAGCUGAAGGUGGCGCAGCGGCGGGCGCAGAAGUGCUGCGGCUCGGCCGACAUGUGGUGCAAGUGCCUGCUGGGUCACGUGUACGGCUUGUGGUUCAUCUACCUGCCCACCUUCGUGCGGGCGCAGAGCGCCAAGGUGCCCACCCUCCACGCCGCCUACGACGUCCUCAAGCACAUGGAGAGCCGGAAGGUUCUGCUGCCUGACGAGGUGUGUUACAGGAUCCUGAUGCAGUUGUGCGGGCAGUACGGUCAGCCUGUGCUUGCCGUGCGGGUCCUUCUGGAGAUGAAGAAGGCGGGCAUCACGCCCAACACCAUCACGUACGGGUACUACAACAAGGCGGUGCUGGAGAGCAAAUGGCCGUCGACCAAUCGGGGCGGGCGCUUGCUUUGGGCCAAGCUGAGGAACGCGGUGCUGGCCGUCGCCCUCUUCAGGCGGCCCCUCAAACUGCGCCGCGACGGCCGAGCCGUGACGGAGGAGCGCGGGCCCCGCCCCCGGCUGCCUCUGAUUCGUCAGGCCAGCUGGAGCGGCCUCAGCGAGAGCUCCAGUCACGAAUCUCUGACGGGCUCGUUGGCCAAGAGCAGCAGCCUCAGCAGCAUCAAGACGCACGCGCAACCGGUGAACGCCAGCAACAGGAACUUGGGCCACCACGACCGCGUGUCCACUAAGCCCCCCUUGGCUCCACCCGCGGCGCCCCCGAGUGGCGUCCUGGUGCGUCGCAGUGACGUCUGCUUGUCCAGCUUCUACGCGGACGACAACGAAGACGAGUACGACGGCGGAUGUGAGGCGGCGGCCGGGUCGGGAAGAACGACGGGCACGGGUGCGGCUCCGGUGGACGAGAAUGACAACAAAGUGUCGCCGCCCGGCCGAGGCCUGGCAGGCAGGCUGCAGCGGCUCCUGACGCCCACGCGGCACCGGGCGGGCGUGCGGCGCGCGGCCAGCGUGGACGAGCGGCGGGCCGGCGCGGGAGGACGAGGUUCCGCCGGAGCUUCGGGCCGCCGGGUGUCCGAGCAGCGGCGGUCUGGGAAGUCUCAGGUGGCGGAAACGCUGCCGGGCAAAGAACGCCUCGCCAACGCCAACUCGGAGAGCUCGCUGUCGCCAAGCAGCGACGCAGACUCGGCGGACGCGCCCCGACCGCCGCGCGACUCCUGGGACGCCGGCCGAGACGCGGCGGGAAUCGAGGUUUUGAUGUCGAGCUGCUCGCGGUGCCGCGCGUGCGGCUUCCUGGUGUACGACGAGGAAAUCAUGGCCGGGUGGACGCCCGACGACUCCGACCUCAACUCCCGCUGCCCCUUUUGCGCCGCCCCCUUCGUCCCCUUCCUCAACGCCCACAUCCGCGACCUGCGACCCCCCGGCAGCGACACCGAGGGCGAGACGGCCACCGGGCCUCCCGACGAAGGGCGGGCCGCGCCGCCGUCGUGCAACGGCGGUGACUCUGCUUCCGACAGCGGCGCGGCUGCGGUGGCGGUGGCGUACGUGAGUCCGCUGGUGCUGCGGAAGGAGCUGGAAAGUCUUCUGGACCACGAGGGCGAGGCGGUGCUGGGGCAGCCGCAGUUCCUGGAGAGCCACUGCAUCAUCUUCUGGAACCUUCUGUGGUUCUUCCAGCGACUCGGCCUGCCCAGCCACCUGCUGCAGCUGCUCCCCCUCCUCGCCGAGCCCGCGCAGUUUCAGAGCGCCGUUAGUGACGUAGCGUGCGUGCGGCAGUGGGAGUGCGUGAGGGUGAGGCUCCUGUGGGACACCCUGACCCCGGACCCCGACUCUUGGCCCCCCCUCUACGUCCUGUGGCGUCUUCACAGCGGCGUGCCCGUGCCAAGAUUCCGCUGGCGCCGCCACAACCACCCGUUCACGCUGUCCUUCCUGGAGGAGGUCCUGCGCUGCGUGGGCAUGAACGAGGUCCACAAGGCCGUCACGCUCUUCCUCGACACCGUCCGCAAGACGCAGCACGCAUCCGCGCCGCCGCUACGAAGGAGCGUGUACAGAGAGUUCCUGUUCCUGACACUGGCGGCCAUGGGCAACGACCACGCCGCGGCCUUCGACAAGAAGUACAAGGCGGCGUACUCGCGCCUCAGCGGCGUCGUGGGCAAAGAAGAGCUGCGCAGGAAUCGGGCGCAGCCGCCCGGCGCCAAGGCCCUCGAUUGCAGGCGCUGCUUCCGGCCGUCGCUCCAGUGCUGACCGCUCGCCGGCGCGUCCGGCUUCCUCCUCUCCGCCGGCGGACGCCGGCCCUCCGCGCCCACAGCUCCGCCCUCCGACGUGGCGCGGGCGCCCUGGCGCGCUGCCGGCCGGCAAAACGUCAGAGGACGCUCACGCGGCCGUCGCUCCUCUGUGCGCUUGUUGAAAGAAAGGCAAUAAGUUGCGGGAAGUUGACCUCUCCAGACGGGCAGUGCCGGUGUCGCUUCCUGUGUCGGGAGCGAGCGCACAAGAAGGAGGAGCUUAAACCGAAAUGCAGCUGGCUGUGACGUCAUCGGGUUAUCGUGUGACCUGAGCCACGCGUCCGCCGGCGACGACGUUUUCCUCCCACAGAAAAAAAAGUCCAAAGCCGUUCGGGUGUUUGCUGCAAUAUAUUUCGUCAAAUAUUCACGUCGUGUUCCCGCUGUAAUUUAUUCUGAUGGAAAUGUUUUUUUUUUACUAAAUAAAAACAGAACAAACA